UGUUCGAACUGUGGUACAUCGAAUACACCGCUAUGGAGGCGUGGUCUUAACGAUCAGACCUUGUGUAACGCUUGCGGUCUUUAUGAAAAGAACAGAAAUACGCCGAGACCGACAACUUUACAAUCAACCACAAUUAAUCAAUCAGACAUCAACAAGACUUCUGGUAGCUCAUUACAAUGUGCUAACUGUGGCACAACUACCACCCCCCUUUGGCGAAGAACCGACGAUGGUAAACCGCAGUGUAACGCCUGUGGUCUUUAUCAGAAGUUACACAAUGCACCAAGACCAGUACACAUGAAAAAGACGAUAAUCAAGAGAAGGAAAAGGGUGCCGUCAUCU